AUGGUAUAUGCAAAUAAUGUCAAAGAGGAUAGGAGAGCAUUAUGUCACUAUCUUAAUGAUAUAAAUAGCAGCUGCAAUGGACCAUGGAUCACUAUGGGAGAUUUUAAUGCAGCGGUGAACAUGGAUGACAGGAUUGAGGGCAACCCAGUCAUAGUGAAUAAAGUCAUGGAGUUUCAAGACUGUGUGGAGUCUUGUGGAUUGUUGGAAUUGCCUCCUAAAGGAAGAGGAUACACAUGGAGUGACAGUCAUAGGGGACAAAGGGUGCUCUCUAAGAUAGAUUGGUCCUUUAUCAAUAAUGAAUGGCUACUCCAGAUGCCUGCAUACACAGCCAACUACAUGCCAGCAGCAUCUGUUGAAACUCACCCUAAGUUUUUGGAGGUAGUGACAACAACUUGGCAGAAUGUAGAGACAGGAUGUGCUAUGCUACAAGUAGUUAAGAAGCUGAAGUCAUUAAAGAGGAAUCUAAAGGAGCUCAACAAGCAGUACUUCAGAAACAGUCUAACCGAAGUUGAGGAGGAUAGAACUAAACUAGAGCAAAUACAGAAAGCAUUGCAGGCUAAUUCCAUGGAUCAAAACUUGCAAGCAUAG